AUUCAUUUAAUGUUCUGCUUUUUAAAAUUUAUAAUUGUAGCAUUGGGACAAGUGAUGUUAUAUGUGGACGGCAUGAACGGCAUUAUCGCGCACAACACAACGAUCCAGUGGCUAUACGAACUGCUUGAUUCUCCGUGCUUGUUCGAUUUAGCUGUUCGAUGA